AUGUCUGCGAUCAAAACCCUUCUCGGUGUCGUUUGUUUCGGCCAUCUUACAUCUGCUGUGCUGUACAGCAGCCCUACUGAAUUCGUGCCCAGGGACUACGACUAUAUCAUUGUGGGCGGUGGAACGGCUGGCAGUGUUGUAGCUAGUCGGUUGACAGAGAUCCCCGAUGUCUCUGUCUUAGUCUUGGAAGCGGGCAUAUCCCACGAAGGGAUUAUAAACUCACAAAUCCCUCUCUUUUGCACGACGUUGACUCCGAAUACACCGUAUGAUUGGAACUAUACUACAACGCCCCAGGCAGGAUACAAUAAUCGUUCCGUCCCUUACGCGCGAGGACGAAUGUUGGGAGGGAGUAGCAGCGUUAACUAUCAAGUAUUCAUGCGAGGCUCGGCCGAUGACUGGAAUCGUUAUGCAGCUGUCUCCGAAGAUGACGGGUGGAAUUGGAACAACAUGCAGCAGUACAUCGCGAGGAACGAAAGGGUGACGCCGCCAGCGGACAAUCACAACACCACUGGCGAAUUCAUUCCUUCGCACCACGGCUUUAGCAAUGGCUCGGCGAUAUCCAUCUCGUUGCCGGGCCGCAGUACUCCCAUUGACGACAGAGUGUUGCAAACGUUGCAAGAGCAAUCAGACGAGUUUCCAUUCAAUCCCGAUAUGGGCGGAGGCGAUGUCCUUGGAAUAGGCUGGAUGAUUGCUUCUAUUGGCCAUGGCCAGAGAAGUAGUGCGGCGACAGGAUUCCUCGAACCCGCGCUACCACGGGAUACUUUAGAUGUUGUGGUCAACUCGCAUGUCACAAAACUGGUCCAGACAGGAACGGAAGACGGCGUACCUUCGUUCCACUGUGUCGAGUUUGCCGAAGCAGCGGGUGCUGAGACAAAGAGAGUCUGCGCGUCGGAAGAAAUCAUAUUGUCGGCGGGGAGCAUAGGAACCCCCGUUCUUUUGCAAGUUUCUGGAAUUGGCAACCGCGACGAGUUGACUUCCUUGGGGAUUGAAACCAUAGUCCACAACCCCUCAGUUGGGAAGAACUUGACGGACCACCCUCUACUUGCGGGAGUCUGGACAACUAAAGGCAACGACACUCUCGACAGCAUGUUCCGAGAUGCGUCCUUAUUGGAUAGUUAUGUAACCGAAUGGACUGAUAAUCGCACUGGACCUCUUGUCUCGCCGAUUGCCAACCAUUUGGGGUGGUUGAGGCUUGCCAAUAACGCCAGCAUCUUCGAAACCGUUGAAGACCCCGCUUCGGGUCCAAAUUCAUCUCACUGGGAGAUCAUCAUCAGUAACUUUUGGGCCGUACCAGGAAUCCCGAUGCCUGCAGAGGGAAAUUUCGUCACUAUCACCACAGCUUUGAUUUCACCCACAUCUCGUGGUGAACUUCAGCUCGUGUCGUCGGAUCCAUUCGAGCCUCCACUAAUCAACCCCAACUUUUUAUCUACCGAUUUCGACAUUUUCGCACUGAAAGAAGCUAUCAAAGCAAUAAAGCGAUUCAUGAGCGGGAGUGCCUGGGAGGACUACAUAGAUGCGCCUUACGGGGAUUUCGCGAAUGCUAAUACUGACGACGAGAUAGAGGCGUUCGUACGCAAUUCGGCCGCAUCGAUAUACCACCCAUUAUCCACGGCUGCCAUGUCGCCCAGGGGAGCUGGAUGGGGCGUUGUUGACCCCGAUUUGAAGGUGAAGGGAGUCGAGGGUUUGCGAAUUGUAGACGCAUCUGUCAUACCAUACAUGCCCAACGCACCGACGCAGGGACCAGUGUAUCUAAUAUCAGAGCGAGGGGCGGACCUGAUUAUUGCAGACCUUGACGAUUCCAUAGAAUUAUGUUAG